CACGUGAUAACGCGUCCUACUCGGUUGGUUAGAUUUUUAGAUUCGCUUUGAGAGUUCACGAAAUCCAACGCUUGCAACGAAUUGCAAGUACUCAAUUUGUGCUUAAUUUGUUUAUUGUGACUUAAAAGUAUUUCACCAUGUCAUCAAAAUCCAAAAAGACUGUUACAUCGUCGUCUAAUGUAAGUGUUGUGUCAUCUAUGCAAAGCCCACCUCAAUCAAGCACUCCUGUUGGCAGCCGUUCUUCUAGCGCAGCCGGUCGCCCCAGCAGCCCUCUAAGUCCUACAAGACAUAGCCGAUUACAAGAAAAAGAUGCCUUACAAAACCUCAAUGAUCGCCUUGCGGCGUAUAUCGACAAAGUUCGUCAGCUUGAAAGUGAGAAUUCAGGGUUGCGUCGCGAGAUACAAACUACACAGGAGGUCAUCACCCGCGAGGUAUCCAAUAUCAAGGGGAUGUAUGAACAUGAGCUUCAGGAAGCUCGAAGGAUGUUGGAUGAAACAUGCCGUGAAAAAGCUAGAAUGGAUAUAGAUUUAAAAAGAUUACGUGAAGAAAACAAUGAAUUAGCUAAGAAAUUGGAAAAGAAGACCAAGGAUUGGCAGCAGGCAGACAAUUUGGUGCGGCAUUAUGAAACGCGUUACACAGAAGAGAGUAACAAAUAUAACACUGCUUUGGCUGAUAAGAAGAAAGCUCAAGAUGAAGCCCGUGAAUUGGCCAAAGAGUUGGAGAAGUUGCGUAAGUUGUACAACGAUACGCGCAAGACGUUGGAAGAGGAGAUGCUGUGCCGCAUCGACAUGGAGAACACGGUGCAGAGCCUGCGCGAGGAGCUCACCUUCAAGGACCAGGUGUUCCAGCAAGAGCUACACGAGACACGCUCUCGCAGACAGGUCGAAAUCUCGGAAAUUGACGGACGGUUGGCGCAGCAGUACGAGGCCAAGCUGCAACAGAGCCUGCAGGAACUGAGGGAGCAGCAGGAGGCCAACAUCAAGGCAAAUCGCGAAGACAUUGAAGCCCUCUAUGAGAAUAAGCUGAAAAAUCUACAGGCGGCGGCCAACCGCAACAGUAGCGCCGCCACUGUGGCGGUGGAGGAGUUGCGCACCAUGCGCACGCGCAUCGACAGCCUCAACUCCAACCUCAAUGAGCUCGAGAACAAGAACGCAGCUCUGAGUAACCGUUGCCGUGAGCUGGAGCGUCAGUUGGAGUCGGAGCGCGCACGUCACGCGGAGGACCUGGCCUCGCUGGAGCAGGAGCUGGCGCGUCUGCGGGAUGAGAUGGCCACGCAGCUGCGAGAGUACGCCACGCUCAUGGACAUCAAGAUCUCGCUCGAUCAUGAGAUCGCCACCUAUAGAGCGCUCAUUGAAGGCGAGGAGGAUAGGUUGAACCUAACUGGGCAAUCCCCUGGGCGGGAGUCGCGGGCGUCGGUGAGUGGCAGCGGGCGCGCCACCCCGGGCAGGCGCGGCACUCCGCUGCGCGCCCGCAAGCGUACCCUGCUCGACGAGACCGAGGAGCGCAGCCUGCAGGACUUCAGCGUCACCUCCACCGCCAAGGGAGACCUCGAGAUCUGCGAGGCCUGCCCCAACGGCAGCUUCGUUAAGAUACGCAACAAGGGCAAGAAAGAACAAAGCCUGGGCGGGUACCAGAUAAUCCGCAAGGCGGGUGACCAAGAGACAGUGUUCAAGUUCCACCGCACGGUAAAGGCGGAGCCCGGGGCCGUGGUGACGGUGUGGUCGGCCGAUGUGGGCGCAGACCACGACCCGCCGCGUGACAUCGUCAUGAAGGGACAGAAGUGGUUCGUCGCAGACCAGUUCACCACCACGCUCUAUAACAUCGACCAAGAGGAAGUUGCAGUGUCGGAGCGUCAGCGACGGCAAGUGAGCACAAGCUCGCAGCGACACCGCGAGCUCACGCACAAGUUCCCGCGCCGCGAACAGACCGGAGAAAUACGCGAGGGAGACGAGAAUUGCCGCAUAAUGUAACGUUGAUCAUGUCAACUGUUGGGGUACCAGCGCGCUACAUCCCACACUACCGGUGACUUGGACUUCAACAAUCAACGCGCACUCACAAAUAACAUCUAACCUUUUUACUAUGGUAUAAAAAAUUCUCCCAUAGACUAUCCUUGCCUCCUUUUGCAUUUUGUAAUAGUCUGCAGUAAUGAGUGAAUCAAAAGUACAUCUAUAAUCAUGACUACCUACCGAAUGGUACUCAGUCCUUAAAGGUCAAAGUUUCCUGGGCCUCUGUAAUCUUAAAUCGUUCAUAUUCAUUAAUCAUUAAUAAGUAAAAUUAAGAAAUCACUGAUAAGAUAAUCAUUUUUUCACUGCCUCAAUAUUUAUCUUCAUGUUCUUUAUUAGUGAACAAAGUACAAAAUGGUUAGUUCACUAGUGUUGGUAAGUGUUUUCUAAUAUAUUACAUAUAAUUAAGGUUUUCCCACCCUCUAGCUUUGCACUGAUAUCUAAAAUAUUGUGUCAUUAAUAAUGCAAUCCAUUUGAUAUAAUGUAGGUAGAUGAAAUCUACUAAAUAUGAUUUGUAGUAAACUUAGCUAUUUACUUUGACUAGAAAAAUCACUUUAUUUAGGUUAAGAGUUUUUUUUUGACAUCAUCGUGGUUGUCUUUAACAUAAGGUAACAUUUUAACAAUAUUAUUUUGUAACAACUUAAACAGGUGCAAGUCUCAAAAGCCGCAUAUUAUAAGAGAUGUAUUUUGAAACAGCAUUUAUAAUAGGAAGUGGGUUGUCAUAAUUUUUGUAAUACUACUUACACUAAAAUAUCAUUAGAUUAAAUUUUAGGCUAGUAAUAAGAUAUUUCACAUGGCCAUUUUAUUGUCAAGAGAGGAUCGAAUCUAUUUCUUUGUCAA